UUUGAACAAUGUUACCAUGGAAACCAUAAGAGCAUCUGUCAAAUGUAAAUAUUGUGACAAAGAUAAUCUGAAGAGCUGGCUCAAAGAAAAUGACUGAAAUGGAGAAACUUUGCCAGGAAGAGAAAGCAUCACUGGAAGAGAAACAAACCUGCACAAACCCAGGAGAACAUUAUGAUGAAGCCUCAGUUGGUCCCAGUGAUGGACAGCAGGUUCAGACCACCAAGAGGCUGCAGAAACAACACCGUUGUAACAAGUGUCUGAAACUUUUCAGAUGGAAGACGAAGCUGAAAAUUCAUCAACGCAUUCACACUGGAGAGAAGCCCUAUCUCUGUGACCAGUGUGGAAAGACUUUCCAUCAGAAGUGUCAUUUAAAUAGACAUCUGCGAAUCCACACUGGUGAAAAGCCUUAUAGAUGUGAUCAGUGUGAGAGGAGAUUCAAACAAUCCUCACAUCUGAAGCGUCAUCAGCGAAUCCACACUGAUGAAAAGCGCUUUCUCUGUGACCAGUGUGGAAAGGCUUUCAUUCAGAAGGGUACUUUAAACAGACAUCUGCGAAUCCACACUGAUGAAAAGCCUUACAGCUGCAGUCAGUGUGAGAAGAGAUUCAAACAAUCCUCAUAUCUGAAGCUUCAUCAGCGAAUCCACACUGGUGAAAAGCACUUUCUCUGUGACCAGUGUGGAAAGGCUUUCAUUUCCAAGAGUAGUUUAAACAGCCAUCAGCGAAUCCACACUGGUGAAAAGCCUUACAGCUGCAGUCAAUGUGAGAAGAGAUUCAAACAAUCCUCAGGUCUGAAGAUUCAUCAGCGAAUCCACACUGGUGAAAAGCGCUUUCUCUGUGACCAGUGUGGAAAGGCUUUCAUUUCCAAGAGUAAUUUAAACAGCCAUCAGCGAAUCCACAGUGAUGAAAAGCCUUACAGCUGCAGUCAGUGUGAGAAGAGAUUCAAACAUUCCUCAAAUCUGAAGCUUCAUCAGCGAAUCCACACUGAUGAAAAGCCUUACAGCUGCAGUCAGUGUGAGAAGAGAUUCAAACAAUACUCAGGUCUGAAGCUUCAUCAGCUAAUCCACACUGAUGAAAAGCCUUACAGCUGCAGUCAGUGUGAGAAGAGAUUCAAAUAUUCCUCAAGUCUGAAGCGUCAUCAGCGAAUCCACACAGGAGAAAAAAAUGGAGAAACUUUGCAGGAAGAGAAAGCAUCACUGGAAGAGAAACAAACCUGCACAAACCCAGGAGAACAUUAUGAUGAAGCCUCAGUUGGUCCCAGUGAUGGACAGCAGGUUCAGCCCACCAAGAGGCUGCAGAAACAACACCGUUGUAACAAGUGUCUGAAACUUUUCAGAUGGAAGACGAAUCUGAAAAUUCAUCAACGCAUUCACACUGGAGAGAAGCCCUAUCUCUGUGACCAGUGUGGAAAGACUUUCAAAAAUUCCUCAUGUCUGAAGAGUCAUCUCCGAAUCCACACUGGUGAAAAGCCUUAUAGAUGUGAUCAGUGUGAGAAGACAUUCAAAGAUUCCUCAGGACUGAUGUAUCAUAAGCCAAUCCACACUGGAGAGAAGCGCUUUCUCUGUGGCCAGUGUGGAAAGGCUUUCAUUUCCAAGAGUAAAUUAAACAGCCAUCAGCGAAUCCACUCUGAUGAAAAGCCUUACAGCUGCAGUCAGUGUGAGAAGAGAUUCAAACGUUCCUCAUGUCUGAAGAUUCAUCAGCGAAUCCACACUGAUGAAAAGCCUUACAGCUGCAGUCAGUGUGAGAAGAGAUUCAAACGUUCCUCAUGUCUGAAGAUUCAUCAGCGAAUCCACACUGAUGAAAAGCCUUACAGCUGCAGUCAGUGUGAGAAGAGAUUCAAACGUUCCUCAUGUCUGAAGAUUCAUCAGCGAAUCCACACUGGAGAGAAGCGCUUUCUCUGUGACCAGUGUGGAAAGGCUUUCAUUCAGAAGGGUAAUUUAAACAGCCAUCAGCGAAUCCACACUGAUGAAAAGCCUUACAGCUGCAGUCAGUGUGAGAAGAGAUUCAAAGAUUCCUCAUGUCUGAAACGUCAUCAGCGAAUUCACACAGGAGAAAAAGCCUGAUCCACAUAAGACAGCAGGAACAUCUGGAAUGUGAAGGAACUUCUUUCUCUCCUCCUUUCUUCCAUCACUACGGUGACAACAGUCGGUGAUGUCAGUAACAUUUAUAUCAAUAAUAAAAACAAGCAUGCA